AAAUAUCACACACACAAUAUUUUUACCUUAAAUUACACUUUCUGCUUUAAAGUUUUUUUCUUUGCUAUAAAUAACUGAAACAAUUGUUCAGACCAAAUCAUUCUUUCUCCUCAAAAUUUUUCCAGUAUCUUUUUUUUCAUCAUUGUACCUUGUUGUCUAAGUGAUGAAUAAAUAAGAAAAACACCCCAUCCUUCAUAUAUAAUAUAGUCAUAUAUCAAUAUUUUUUUUCUGACACAUUAUUUAGUACUAUCUUUUUUUCCAAACAAACCAAACCCCACUUCCCAAAAUGCAUUUUCUGAUGUUGGUUUUCAAGAUUUUGUUAAUUUUGACAUUCUUUCAAGAACCACAAAAAGUAGCAUCAGUAGAGCAAAUUUGUGCUGAGGGUGAUAGGCUUGCACUUGUUGGAUUCAAAAGCAAGAUUGUUAAGGACACAACUGAUUUUCUGUCAUCAUGGACAGGUAAAGAUUGUUGUAGUGGAGGUUGGGAAGGUGUAGAAUGUGAUCUUGCUACAGGGAGGGUGAAAAGAUUGGUCUUGCAAACACCUUCUGAGAGUGACAAUAGUGUUUACAUGAAAGGAACAUUGUCACCAACUCUUGGUGAUUUGCAUUUCAUGGAGACAUUGAUUAUAAGUGGGAUGAAACAUAUUGGUGGUGGAAUCCCUGAGAGUUUGAAGAAUCUUACAACAUUGAAGCAACUAAUCUUGGAUGGUAAUUCAUUACAAGGGUAUAUCCCUUCUGGUUUAGGCCAUUUGUCAUCACUUCAGACACUUUCACUUAGUGGGAAUCAUUUGUCAGGACAGAUUCCUUCUAUAUUUGGAAACUUCAAGAAUCUGCAGCAGCUGAGUUUAGCAGGGAAUUUGCUGAGGGGGGCUAUACCAAUUGGCUUCAAGAAUCUUGUUGAUUUGGAGUCAUUGGAUCUGAGUCACAAUUUAGUGUCUGGUGUGGUGCCAGAUUUUUUUGGACAGCUUCAGAAUUUGACAUAUCUUGACCUUUCUAGUAACCAAUUGUCAGGGGAAGUUCCAAUUUCCUUGUGCAAUUUGCUCAAGCUUUCGUUUUUAUCACUUGAUCAUAAUCGAUUAACCGGGAGAAUUCCUAGUCAGAUUGGGAGGUUAAAGGCACUUACUGCUUUGUCAUUGAGUUCUAACAAGUUGACAGGCCAAAUCCCUGAAUCUAUUGCAGGAUUACCAAAUCUUUGGAACCUUAGUUUAUCUAGAAAUGGCCUUUUAGAUCCUUUGUCUAUUGCAUUCUCUAAAGGCCUUCCUUCUCUUUUGUCAAUUGACCUGUCUUACAACAGUUUCAAUUUAGGUACAGUGCCUGAAUGGAUUAGAAAUAGAGAACUUUCUGAUGUCAACUUAGCAGGCUGUAAGCUUCGUGGGACGCUUCCGAAUUUCACUCAGCCUGAUUCCCUGAACUCCAUAGACCUAUCGGAUAACGCCUUCACAGGUGGGCUAUCAAGUUUCUUUGCAAGAAUGUCAAGCUUACAAAAGGCAAAGAUCUCAAACAACCAGAUAAAAUCUGAUGCUGCUGGGAUCAAAUUGCCUGAUGGAAUUUCAUCUCUUGAUCUCCAUUCAAACCGGCUUUUUGGAUCUCUUUCGAGGAUGUUGAGCAACAAGACGAGCAAAUUCUUGGAAGCAAUCGAUGUCUCAAACAAUCAACUUUCAGGGAACAUCCCAGAGUUCGUCAGUGGGUUAAACCUCAAAGUGCUCAACAUAGGAAGCAACAAGAUUGCAGGUCAAAUUCCAACUUCAAUCUCGAAUCUUGAUAAGCUUGAGAGGUUGGAUAUAUCAAGAAACCAGAUUACUGGUACAAUCCCAACAAGUCUAGGAUCAGUGGUGAAGCUGCAUUGGUUAGACUUGUCAAUCAACAGACUUUCGGGGAAAAUACCAGAUAGCUUGUUGGGGAUUGAAGCAUUGAAACAUGCAAACUUCAGAGCCAACAGAUUAUGUGGAGAAAUUCCACAAGGCAGACCAUACAACAUCUUCCCUGCAGCUGCCUACGCCCACAAUUUGUGCUUAUGUGGCAAGCCUUUGCCAACUUGUAAGGGAAAGAAACAAGAGAAGUUGGGCCAGUAACUGCUGACACCAUUCAUAGGAAUUUGUCUGUUAUUAUUAACAAACAAACAGACCAUUUUUAUUUUAUUUUUUCAAAUUCUAGUACUACUUGUACAACUCUAUUAUGCCACAUUGCUAGUCAGUGUUACUUCACAUAAAUUCAAUAUGAAAUGAAUAAAUUCAUUUGACA